CCUUGAGAUGUUUCAGCCCAUUGAGCGCCGCGUCUGGGAUGCGCAAACUUCACCGGGGUUGGGGCGAGCCUCACGCAUCUUCUUCUUCUUCUUCUUCUUCAUUCCUCUAUCAACGUGCUCAAUGCAGAGCACAAAACAGUGCCGGACUUACCCGACAGUUUUCCGAGCGCCUCGUCUACAGCUGGCAGUACUGUAGUGAAGUCCUCCAGACAAGGAAAACUUUUGCUAUACGAAUUCUGCAGAUUACCUUGCUGAACUGCAGAAGGCAUCAAUGAUGAAGAGAAAUGAGAAAUACUGCACUUUGCCCGACAAAGAUAAAGGGGUGGACAUUAUUAAUAUCAAAGGAAUUGAAGACAUUGGAUAUGUUCAGUCGGAUUCCAUGAUUUUAAAUUCACUGGUUCCUCAACGAGAUUCCACAUACCAGCAAGGGCUGUACUUCAGUGAUGCAAAGAGAAGGAUCGAUUUUGUUCUUGCUUACCAUAUAAAAAAACAUGGCUCACGGAAGCAUGCUGGGCGCCAUGGCAACAAUGCAAUAUCAAGUAUCAAGGGGGGGCAGCAACUCCCUGGCAAAAAUACUGACCCCGAGAUUGGUGCACAUGACUUGACGGCGGACUACCAUGAGGACGACAAGAGGUUGCGGCGAGAGGAGUUUGAAGGAAGACUCAUGGAGACUGGCCUGGAACUGGAAAAAGAUGAAGAUUUCUGCACUGAUGCAGAUUGCGAAGCAGCCGGAGUAAAACAAGGCUGUCCGAAGAAGCAUGACCUGACUAAAACUCCGGGAAUAGGAUAUGUGAAAAUACACGCUCCCUGGCACGUACUCUGCCGUGAAGCAGAGUUCAUGAAACUCAAAAUGCCAACUAAAAAGGUGUAUGAAGUUAACCAAAGCAGUAAUUUUGUGGAGAAGAUUAACGCAUUUAUUUCAAAAGUAACGGAACCUCUUCAUCCCAAUGUGGACGGGGCUAAAGUGUCAAAUGUAAAGCACCUUUCAUAUCCAUUUUCCAGAGAAAAACAGCACUUGUUUGAUUUAACAGACAGAGAGUCCUUUUUUGAUAGCAAAACCAGAAGUACAAUUGUUUAUGAAAUAUUGAAGAGGAUAACUUGUACUAAAGCGAAAUACAGCAUGGGGAUUACCAGCCUUCUUGCCAAUGGUGUUUAUACUGCAGCUUAUCCCUUGCAUGAUGGUGACUGUGAAGGAGAUGAUGCAGAUCAAAAUGACAGAAAGGUCCUUUGGGAUGAAUGGGCAAGUUACAGUGUGUUUUACAAGUACCAGCCCAUUAAUCUUGUCAGGAAAUAUUUUGGUGAAAAAAUUGGUCUCUACUUUGCCUGGCUUGGAGUUUACACACAAAUGCUCAUUCCUGCAUCGGUGGUGGGGAUCAUUGUAUUUCUCUAUGGCUGUGCUACUGUUGAUGAUGACAUACCCAGCAUGGAGAUGUGUGAUGAAAGAAACAACAUCACAAUGUGUCCUCUGUGUGACAGAACCUGCAGCUACUGGAAACUUAGCACGGCUUGUGCGACAGCUCGUGCUAGCCACCUCUUUGACAACCCAGCAACGGUUUUCUUUUCCAUCUUCAUGGCAUUGUGGGCGGCAAUGUUCAUGGAGCAUUGGAAAAGAAGACAAAUGCGGCUCAAUUAUAAAUGGGAUCUGACAGGUUUUGAAGAGGAGGAGGAAGCAGUCAAGGCCCACCCAAGAGCAGAGUAUGAAGCCAGAGUGAUGCAGAAAUCCAUGAGAAAAGAGCACAAAGUGAAAAAGAAACAGCCGGAGGUAGUCGAGGAGAGAACAAACAAAUGGAAGCAAACUGUUCAAACUGCCAUGGCUGGGGUCAAGCUGACAGAAAAAGAAAAGCUUACCUGGAGAGACAGACUACCAGCAUAUACAACCAAUAUCGUGAUGAUUCUGUUUAUGAUUGGCCUUACUUUUGCAAUUGUGUUUGGAGUAAUACUCUACAGGAUAUCCACAGCCGCAGCACUUGCAAUGAGCCCAAAUCCUACCACCAGGUCUAAUGUAAGGGUCACUGUCACAGCUACGGCAGUUAUCAUCAAUCUGGUGGUCAUCCUUAUCCUAGAUGAAGUCUACGGCUCAAUUGCUAGAUGGCUGACAAUGAUUGAGGUUCCAAAGACAGACAAAAGCUUUGAGGAGCGACUGAUAUUCAAAGCAUUUAUUCUCAAGUUUGUGAACGCCUUCACACCUAUCAUUUAUGUGGCUUUCUUCAAAGGAAGGUUUGUUGGUCGUCCAGGGAAGUACGUCUACGCCUUUAAGUCCUUCCGAAUGGAAGAGUGUGCUCCUGGUGGCUGCCUUAUGGAACUCUGUAUUCAACUCAGUAUCAUCAUGCUGGGAAAACAGCUCAUCCAGAACAACCUGUUUGAGAUCGGCAUCCCCAAACUAAAGAAAUUGAUUAGGUACAUCAAGUCAAAGCGACAGUCGGCACAGGAGGAGGAGGAACGGGAAAAGAAACUCCAGCGUUACGAGACCGACUAUGAUUUGGAGCCAUUUGUAGGCCUUACUCCAGAGUACAUGGAAAUGAUGAUACAGUUUGGCUUUGUGACCCUCUUUGUCGCUUCAUUUCCACUGGCGCCUCUCUUUGCACUCCUUAACAACAUAAUUGAAAUCCGCUUGGAUGCCAAGAAGUUUGUAGGAGAGCUUAGAAGACCGGUAGCAGUGCGGGCCAAAGAUAUUGGUAUUUGGUACAAUAUCCUGAGAGGAGUAGGAAAACUGGCAGUCAUAAUAAAUGCAUUUGUGAUCUCGUUCACGUCUGACUUCAUCCCACGCCUUGUGUACUUGUAUAUGUACAGUCCAGAUGGCUCCAUGCAUGGCUUCAUCAACCAAACAUUGUCUUAUUUCAACGUCAGUGACUUCCAGACUGGAACCGAACCUUUGGAUCCUUUACAGCUGGGUUUCAAGGUUGACAUCUGCAGAUACAAAGACUACAGAGAACCUCCAUGGUCACCAGAUGACUAUGAAAUAACAAAACAAUUUUGGUCAGUCUUGGCAGCAAGACUUGCAUUUGUAAUUGUGUUCCAGAAUCUGGUGAUGUUCAUGAGUGACUUUGUGGACUGGAUGAUCCCAGAUAUUCCAAAGGAUAUAAGUGAGCAGAUCCACAAGGAGAAGGUCCUCAUGGUGGAACUCUUUAUGAAGGAAGAACAGGGAAAGCUUCAGAUGUUAGAAACCUUACUGGCAAAAACUAAAGAAGGCAAAGGCACGGAGAACUGUAACAACCACAGCCCCUACAGUCGACCUCGUAGCCAUAAAGGAAGCACAACAUCUUUGCAUUCACAAAAUGAUGAUGCAUAAACCGGGCAAAGUUCAACUUUGAGAACAAGAAAGACAAAGAUAACUUAAAACAUGUAUUUGUCUGUGCAUUCCAUAUUACAAGAGACUUGACAGAAGGACUUGACGGAGAAGAUGUCAGUUUAAGCGGUGUUUUCAGUCCUGUUACUUCGGCUAAGAGUGCCCAUCAUGGCUAUGAGAAGGACCACAUUCUGAACACAGCAAAGGCUUUUUUUGUGUGUGUGUUCCUCUGUAUUCAAAUUUUUCCUCUUUAUUUUGCACAAUUUCAAAUUCAUUGCAGGGAAAUUGAUUUUAGUCUACGGUUAGUGGAACUGCAGACAGUGAACGAUGAUUUGCUCUUCUUGUUCCACAUAUGUUUUUUCCUCUGUCUAGCUGUUAGAUUUCUGCUUCCAGCCAGCUAUAUUUUAAUUUUGAUUAUAUUUUCUUUUUUGCAAUCAUGCUUUAAGGGCAAUUGGCAUUGACUUGUGAUCUGUAAUUGUAGGACAUUUACAAGUGUAUCUGGAAUUUAGGGAGUAUUCUUUAACUGGUGAAUCUGAAAUAUUUUGUUCUUUAUAUUUUGGUACAUUUUUUAUUUUCUUUGAGUUCUAAAUAAUUCAUUUACUUUGUCAGGAAAUUAAUUUCCACUGAAGCAGACCACAUAUUCAUAGUCUGUAACCCAGUCAGGGAGACUUCAAUAUUCAGAUAUGGAUCUUAUUGCUUAGUUGUUUAGAAAAAUGUAAUUUUAUUCUGCGAUGAACAUAAUUGCUAAAACUGGGGCAUCUUUUACUCAAUCUGUGUUAUUUUUUUUUUUUUU